AUGGCUAAGCUUUUGAUCGUCCUACUAGCGUUAGCAGCGGUGGUAGUUGGCAGACCAGGAUUCGGUUACGGAUUUCAUAGCGAAGAAAACGGUAGUUUCUCCCACGGAGGGCAUGGCUUCGGGAGUCACAGCGGCGAAGAUCACGACUCUGAUGGUCAUAGCAACGAAUCCUCUAGCUCCGGAAGUUAUAGCAGCGAAGAACACCCUGUCGACAGCACCGGGUUUGGGCCAGGACACGCUCACGGCGGACACAGCAGUGAGAGUUCCGAGCAUGGUAGUUUUGAACAUGGUGGACACGGCCAUAGUAUCGAAGAGUGCGCAGCAGAAAGCCAUGAGCACUAU